CGAUAAACAAUUGGAUACAAGCUCAGUACAUUCACAACUGGAAAUAUAUGAGUUUGUCACGGUCAAAAUGUGCCGAUUUAACCAGUAACAAAUGGACGUUUCACAGCUAAUGAAGUAAUUUCGCAAAAUCAGUUCCAGUAUGCCUGUAUCCGAGCUCAAUCUGCAGGUGAACCUCUCCGUGGGCGGUCUCCCAUUUAAGCAGGAUAAGCAACUCAUGUUCAUCUUCUGGGGCAUCAUCUUACCUGUGAUUGGUAGUUUUGGGUUGAUCGGGAACAUACUUAAUAUGAUUGUCCUAUUUCGGAUGGAAAUGAAGUCCAUGACAGUGUAUUUCUUACGAACUCUUGUCCUUACAGACACCGGUAUUAUUGUCGGAUGUAUCCUUGGAUUAUCCAGUAUCUCCGUAACGCAGCUCCAUCCAGAUAAUCCAGCAAUGAACUACUACACUCACGUCAUUUACCCACACAUGUACACGCCCAUCAAUUUUAUUGUUAUGACGCUGCAAUUCACCAACGUGUGGGUGACGGUAGCUGUUACCAUUGAACGUUACAUUGCUAUUUGCCACCCGUUCAGUGCCGAAAAUUUCUGUAAUAAAAGAAAUACUUUCAUUCUGAUCGGUUGUAUUUCUGUUAUUGCCAUUGCAUAUAACAUACCCCGAUGCUUUGCUACCAAAGUCACGGAAUGUGACAAUAUAACUGAGUGUGUCACGUCAUGCGUUGGCAAUAGAGAUGCUUGUCGUUCUGAUGCCAUGCCCAAUGUCACGCAAUGUGAUAAUAUAACUGACUGUAUCACACCAUGCGAUGGCAACAAACGUGAUUGUCUUUCUCUUGUCACUACAUAUCUGGGUAGAACGAAGGGAUAUGAACAAUACUAUAGUGUCUACGCGUACAUGUUUGUUAUAUACAUUGUACCUCUAUUAAUUCUCAUUAUAUUGAAUAUUUUGUUAAUCAUCGAGUUGAUGCGCAUGCGUACGAGAAGAACGGAAUCAAACAUAUUGCCAACCCCGAAUGAGAACAGUGAAACAAAUAUGAGCAUUGUACUAAUUUUGAUCGUUGUGGUUUUCAUUAUUUGCCAAACGCCAGGUCUUGUAGCACAGUUUUGGUUUCUAGACCAAGACGUGUUAUCAACGUGGCUAUGUGUGAGCAACACGCUGUUUGCUCUGAACUCUUCUGUUAACUUCCUCAUUUACACAACGGUUGGCCGAAAAUUCAGAAAGAUUCUUUUCACAAUUUUCUGUUUACAUGCACAAGGACAAAGAAACCGUGGUGCCCACAAUGGCGCAAAUGAAUUGGCAACAUCAACGGAAAUGCCUGCAUACGCUUCAGAAGAUGAACCAGACGAAACCAGUCGACUGCAAAGCGUGUAUUAGUAUGCCACUUGACGUUGAAUGAUUGACAAUACGACUUACCACCGAAAAAAUGCAAAUUACAAUGUAAAAAUAUACCUAAAUCUAAACCAUUUUCUAUCAACGGAAACGUAUGUGUUAAUGGGCAUUCGAGAGUUUUGCACGUUGUUGUUUGUUUGACAUUAAAGUGUUUUGUACGGUUUUAUUAUGUUUCCGUUCAUAAUGAAGAAUAUGGCUGCAGUUUUGCAAGAUUGUAGUGUUUUCUGAAGAACCAAAUGCCGAUGUUAACUGUGUCUGUGUGAAUUAUGGCGGCUAAAUUAUGAGAAGAAGAGAAAAGUGUUUAACACCGGAUUUUUAAAUCCAUACUACUGUUCAUGUGGAUUAAAAGUUCUGAA